AUGAAGCUCCUCAUCCUGGCCUCCCUUGCGAUCUGCUGCCUCACUGCCUACGUCGUGGAAGGUAUAGGGACUGAAGUCCCAGAAAGGUACAGCUGUGUGAGUCUACAAACCAAGCCGAUUUCAGUCAAUAAAAUCAAGUCCUACAGCAUCAAAGAGGGACCCGCGAGAGCCGUGAUUUUUGUCACCAGACGUGGCUUUAAAAUCUGUGCUGACCCAGAAGCCAGCUGGGUGAAAGCCGCAGUUAAAAAUGUGAGUAACAAGUUCACAACCAGAAGAAACAUGCUCCAGACCAGCCCUACGGGAGCCCAACAAUCCACCAACACUACUGUGACCAUGACUGGGUGA